UACAGGGCUGGCCAAGUGCCUUGUCAGUGAGCAGGAUUGAACCCGAGAAUCGCUGGACGGAUUUGGAUGAAAUUUCGUAUGGACUUUAUGCCUACGGGGACUACUCUGAAAUCGUAAUUUCAAUUUCUUUCAAUCGAUAAUAACAUGUCGGCCGACAAAGAAACUUGCGACUCCUCUGAAAAGUCUCUCACACAACACGGGGCAACUACUUCACGUCUUCGUCGUGGUCGAAUCUUAGGAAGUGGAUCUUACUUCGCAGGUCCUCGUUUGCUUCGCCAUGCUGAUGGCUCUGUUGGCGCUAGUGUCUGCAGCACCAGCUGAAAAGGAGUUGCUAGAGCAGUCAGAGCCUAAGGAGACCCUGAAGACCGCAAAUUCCUACGGCUACGGCUAUGGAUAUGGGCUCUACGGCGGAUACCCGUAUGGCUACGGGUCCAACGGCCUCUACGGAUGGGGUUAUCCUUACUACGGCUAUGGCCAUGGUGGCUACGGACACGGGCUGUACGGCCAUUACCCUAAUUACUGGUGGUAGAGACAGAACGGCCGAACUUCCAAAGUCGUGGAAACACGAAAUUUUUCAAACCAACAUACAUUAAAUUACAUCGAAGAAGCUUUCUCGUGAUGAAUACCAAUUACAUAACAACGAAAGAUUAAGAAACUAUAUACUGUGUAUAUUUCAAUAUUUUAUGUAUAUUUUUAAUUAUAACGCAUACAAAUAAAUACUAAAUAAUUACGUAA